AUGUCGCUUCUCCACCGCUGCCCCGCCCCGCCUCUGCGCAUCCUCGCUGUCGACUUCGACAAGACCCUGACCACCGCCGAUACCACCGCCGAUGUCGUCAACACCGUCAAGCUGCUGCACCCCGAGCACCGCCCCUUCCAGUGGUUCACCGACGAGUACAUGAAAGACUACGAGUCCUUCGAUGCCCACUGGUCUCCUAUCCUGGCCUCCCGCCAGGGCCACUACGACCGCCGGCUCCUGGACGAUUACUCUGAGGGCCUGCGCCCAGUAGAGGAAGCCUCGCUGCAGCGCAUUACCGAGCACAAGAUCCUAUCAGGCGCCACCCACCAGGAUCUCAGGAACGGCGGUGCAUUGGUAAAGUUCCGCCAGGGCGCCGCGGCGCUGCUCAAUCGGGCCGUCGGUGAAAUGCCGGUCUAUGUGGUCUCGGUGAACUGGUCCAAGGAUUUCAUUUAUGGCGCAUUGCAGGCGAAUGGUGUCAUGGCAGAGAACAUCACUAUCUAUAGCAACGACAGCGAAUUCGACAUAAAGGGCGUCUCCACCGGUGUGCUGAAGCCAGAGAUGGUCGUGGCUGGCGACAAGGUCAAUGUGAUGGCUAGGAUCAAGCGCGAUCUCGCUGGUGCACGCCACGACCAGGUGCGGGUUGCCUAUGCGGGUGAUUCGCUCACCGAUCUGCCGGCAAUGAUGGACGCCGAUCUGGGCAUCUUUGUUGGUAACAGCAGCUCCGUCACCAGCUGGUGCAAGAACAUGGGCAUCAAGUUUGGCCAGCCGCACCGCAAGCACAACACCAUCCACAGCAUCGGCGACACCUGGGAUUCUGUCUACGAUCUGGUACAGAAGCACUUGCACUAG